GGACAUCGAGCUGGUUGCCAGCGAAUGGGCAGUGGAUGCCGAAGAGAAGGACGCCCCUCUGCUGUGCGCGGCCUUGCAACCGCAAUGGAACAUGUGGCCGACUUGGUCGCCACCUGCACAGCGCAGCAGGAGGACAUCCUUUGCGUGGACACUCUGGUCAGGAAGCAGUCUCGACUUAUCAACGACCUGCUUGACCGGGCACGCCGGCUGGAACAGCAGCCUGCAGCAGCCACCCCCGCCAGACCCUCCAACUUGAUGGACCGCGUCAACGUCUUGGAAAUUGACGUCGGGAUGCUCAAGGACAGCGCUCAAGCGCUCAAGCGACAAAUAUUGCGGAUUGACCAGCAGAUUUGUGCUGCCGCAGCCAGUUCGACGGCGACCCUUCGCGAGAGCAUCCCGAAGUUUGACGGCAUGCUGAUCUUCUGCAAUGCAACGAAGACGGACCCGAUUCCAUGGUGGCGCCAGUUUGAGUUGAAGUCGGACAUUCACAAAGUUCGAAGGAAGCCAAACCCAACGACGAUCAAGUUGGCGGACGAUCGGACGCACGAUCGCUACAUCGAAGCCGUGCCGGUUUACUUCGCACCUCAUGCAUGCGAACCGGUGACAUUUGACGUCUUGGACACGGACUUCGACAUCAUUUUGGGGACGCCUUGGCUUGCAAGUGCGGAUCACAUGGUUAACUCCCAUCGACAAACACUUACCGUUCACGACGCCUUCGGCGCCGAGGUGCUGUGUACCAUUCCUCUUCUGCACCCUUCAAUACGGUGCCAAGUUGUAAUGACCAAGUCUUUUUGGGCCACUUGCGCUUACGAGCGGACCGACGAGAUAGGCCUAUGUUUUCUUCGGAUCGUCGCGGCGACCGAAUCUUCACCAACGGACUUGUCUUCGGACCCCCGAGUGGUGCGGUUACUCUACGAGUUCACUGACAUCUUCGAGUCUCCUACCGGUGUGGUGCCGGAUCGGCUGAUCUCCCACGAGAUCAUUCUUGAGGCCGGUGCCGUGCCGCCGAAAGGAUGCAUCUAUCGCAUGAGCGAGGAAAAGCUCGCGGUUCUCUGCGCGCAACUCGAUGAUCUGUUGGACAAGGGCUGGAUCCGCCCUAGCAGCUCACCAUACGGUGCGCCAGUUCUCUUCAUACGGAAGAAGAACAAGGAUCUUUGCUUGUGCAUUGACUACCGCAAGCUCAACGCACAAACCGUCACGAAUGCGGGACCUCUUCCGCGCAUUGACGAUCUUCUUGAGCGUUUGGGCAUCGUGGAAUUCUUUUCGAAUUUGGACUUGAAGUUGGACUAUCAUCAGAUCUCGAUCCGCCCGCAAGAUUGCUACAAAUCCGCGUGCAAGACGAGGUACGGGCAUUUUGAGUGGGUCGUUUUGCCGUUUGGCCUCACCAAUGCCCCAACAACUUUUCAAGCGGCAAUGACCAACGAGCUCCACGCUACGUUGGACCGGUUUAUGCUGGUCUACUUAGACGAUAUUCUCGUCUAUAGCCGAACCUUGGAGGAACACCUCGAGAACCUUCGACACGUGUUGGAAACGCUCCGUCUCGCCAAGUACAAGGCCAACCGCGACAAGUGUGAAUUCGUGCGUCAAGAGUUGGAGUACUUGGGGCAUUUCGUCACACCGUAGGGCAUCAGUUCGUUGUCGGACAAGAUCCAAGCCAUCUAAGAGUGGC